ACAUUCACACAACUAAACAGGAUGGUCCAGUUUCAGGAAGUAACGAAGCAGUCCGCUCUGCACCCUAAACCUGCAGGGUUGGUUUUGCAGUACGGUACAGCUGGUUUUAGGACCAAUGCCAAGCUGCUGGACCACAUCAUGUUCAGAAUGGGACUAUUGGCCACUUUACGCUCGAAAAAGACCAAAGCCACCAUUGGAGUCAUGGUCACUGCAUCACACAACCCCGAGGAGGACAAUGGGGUGAAGCUGGUUGACCCGAUGGGGGAGAUGGUGACACCGACAUGGGAGGUCUACGCCACCCAGCUGGCCAACGCCGAGCAGGACGACUUGCUCGCUUCCCUGAAGGACAUCAUAGAGAAGGAGUCUAUAAACAUGAGCCAGGAGGCUAACGUGUUCGUGGGAAAAGACACAAGAAGCAGCAGUGUGAGCCUUUCUAAGGCGGUGCUGGAUGGGGUCUCUGCACUCGCUGGCCACAGCAAAGACUACGGUUUGGUGACCACUCCGCAGCUCCACUACAUGGUUUGCUGUCAGAACACGCAGGGUGAAUACGGAGAAGCCACGAUGAAGGGAUACUAUACGAAACUCAGCCAAGCCUUCAUUCAGCUCACAAAGAAUGCGUCCAACUGUACAGACGACCAGAAGCACCUCUCUGUGGACGGCGCUAACGGCAUCGGGGCCCUGAAGGUGCGCGAGAUGGAGAGUCACCUGAAGAAGGAGCUGCACAUAUCGCUCUUCAACGACGGCAGCACCGGGAAGCUCAACCACCAGUGCGGGGCUGACUUUGUCAAAGUGCAGCAGAAACCUCCAACAGACAUGAAGAUGAACUCGGGGGAACGUUGCUGUUCCUUCGACGGCGACGCCGAUCGAAUAGUUUACUACUACACGGACUCUGAAGGACGGUUUCACCUGCUGGAUGGAGACAAAGUCGCUACUCUCAUCAGCACUUUUCUCAAAGAGCUGCUCACACAGGCUGGUCUGGACUUGGAGAUGGCGGUGGUGCAAACGGCUUACGCUAAUGGGAGCUCAACAAACUAUUUGGAAGACACAAUGAAGGUGACCGUGAGGUGCACUAAAACUGGAGUGAAGCACCUUCACCACGCCGCCCAGGAGUUCGAUAUCGGAGUGUACUUCGAGGCCAACGGUCACGGGACUGUGCUGUUCAGUAAAGCGGCUGAAGAGAAGAUCCAGCGGCUGGCCGAGGACUCCAGCGUCGCCAACGAGAGGAAGAGAGCAGCUCUGCUGCUGCGGAGCACAAUCCCCGUCAUCAACCAGACUGUGGGCGAUGCCAUUUCCGAUAUGCUGCUGAUCGAAGCCAUAUUAGCCAUUAAGGGUAUGACUAUCCAGCAGUGGGACGCCAUCUACAGUGACCUGCCGAACCGGCAGCUCAAAGUCAAGGUGGCGGACCGCAGGGUGAUCGACACGGCGGACGCAGAGAGACGGGCAGUGAGCCCGAAGGGCCUUCAGGAGGCCAUCGACAGCCUGGUGAGGAAGUACCGGGAGGCGCGCUCCUUCGUGAGACCCUCCGGCACCGAGGACGUGGUGAGAGUUUACGCCGAGGCAGAAACGCAGGAGAGCGCGGAUUCCCUCGCACACGAAGUCAGCCUCGCUGUUUACCGUCUGGCCGGAGGAGUGGGGGGUGAACCAGAACCGUUGCACUAGAAACCUUUUAAGCACACUCAACACAACACUGAUUAAUCUGUGCUUCUCAAAUGCAAUCCCAGUAGACAUUAUUUUCUUAAAUUGUAAUUCAUCACAAUUGUUUCUUCUUGGUGAGUUGCCAAAUCAUUUUUUUACUCUUAAUUGCACUCGGUACUUUAAUCUACUUCUUUCUUUCUUGGUACUCAUCUGUCGUCAUGGAUAUUUGGAGACAACGAUGGGUUUUAAUGGUAUUACUUCUCAUUUUGUUAAAACCGGCUGCUAUGUGCCUGUGAAUUAUGGGUCGCUAUGUGAUGUAAAUAAGCUUCGAACUUCUCUUCAUAAAUGCCAUUAUUAAAACAUACAUUAUCAACCUAAACAAAUUAAGAAAGUUUUGAUUGAAUAUUGUUAUUAUGGGGUUUCUACUAACUGCAAUAUUUUUACCGGUUACUUUAUGUCAUUUAUUAAAAAUCAAGUUUACAUGGGGGAGUUAUAGAGAUUGGUCUUGUCAGCUGGAAAGCCGUUGCUACUUUUGUUUAGUAAAUGAUGCAAACAAAAAAAAUG